CUCACUAGGCAAUGCAUGAUUAUAAAAUAUGUAACGGCGUUGCAAACGAAUUCAGUCGCUAGCGAGUCGUUAUACUGUGAGUGUGUGUCGAUAUUUUGGAUAUACCUAGAAUACUUGAAAGUCCGUCAAAAUGAAAGCAUCUUGGAGCAGACUUCACUUGGGUUCCGUUGGAAUUAUAGCAAUGUUGUUAUACUUCAUUGAUUUAUCUAUAGCUUCUCUAGACGGUUACGUCCCCGGCGAAGACUACCCAGCCUUCGAGGAGGUGCCCAAAGGCCUCGCAUUCACUUGUGAUGAUAAAAUACCUGGAUAUUAUGCUGAUCCAGAAACACAGUGCCAGGUAUGGCACUGGUGCGUCCCAACCAUUGGUGGAAACAUUCAGUACUCGUUCCUUUGCAACGCCGGCACAGUCUUCAACCAAAGAACGAGAGUUUGUGACUGGUUCUUUAAUGUGGAUUGCCCCAAUGCCCCAGCAUUCUACGCGAUCAAUGAGGACCUCUACAAAGACGAAGCUGGCAACUUUAUCGCAGGAAAAAAGUAGUAUAACAAUAUUGAGUGCCGUAUAAUAUAGUACAAUUGCGUUAAAAAUAAUAUUCAUAAUAUAGAAUAUCCUUAAUAUCAAUCGUCAAAGUCUAGAGCAAACUUCAUAAAAUAUUUAGAAAUUUAAGUUAAAACAAAACUAGUUUUAAUGUAUAAUUUAGAAAACAUCAAUUUCCCAGAUGAUAAUCAAUGAGAUAAUGAUUGUAAUAUAUUUUUGGCGCAUUUGAAUUACCAUUUAGAUAAAUUUAAGCCUAGGUUAAUUUUUAACGCCUGAUAAUAUAAAAUAGCAAAUGCCCGAUAGUAUAUGUUUUUUUUAUCUAUUGUUAAUUUAAAGACGUCUAUAUCAUUUGUAUAUGUAUGUUAUUUUAUAUGUUUAUAUAAUAUUUAUUUUUAUAUUACAGAUCACAUAAUAUUAACACAAUUUUCGACAAAAGACGGUUGAUGGCGCGAACUAACAGACAAAAUUAUAUACUAACAACUGCAUCAAAAUAGACUAAUAGAAACUUACAGAAAAUCGUAGCAAACUGAAAAGUACAAUUAUUUUUAAUAUAACAAUAGUGCCAAAGAUUUUCUGUAAGUUAAAUGUAACGUAAUGUAAGACUAGGAAGUUGUGUUGACUGUGUACCACUUCCGAAAAAUAAUAUAUUUCAAAUUUCACUUAAUAUAAUAAAUUAAAUUAUUUGACUACAUGACACAUAAUAUAACAUUCAAUGUACUAUUUUUCAGAUGCAUCCACUCUUUUUAGUAUUCCUUAUUUUAAUUAUUUUUUAUUUUAUUUGAAAUAUAUAUAUUCGUUGUAAUAUUUUGUGUUUAAAAAGAAAUAAACUUUGGCACAUUUUUAUUUAAUAAUAAAUUAACUAAAUUACGAUUUGUGAUUAAUAGCAAUAAAUCUAUCUGCUCUCCAGUAAUAUUUUACCUAUUUUUAAUAAUUUAAUAAAAAUAAUCGUGUUUCUUUGAAAAUCAUGUAAAUAAUGAAUAGUUACCAAUAACCAAAAUUAUAAUUACUUUGUA